AUGCAGCAGCUGCAGCACCCGCCCAAAGCCGCCUCUGCCCAGCUGGCCCCGUCGUCCGUCCUCUACCGUACCACAGACGGCGCCACCGUCGUGCUCGACAUCCCCCGGUCGCUAGAGGAGAGCCAAGUCCGUCCCGGUGCAGAAUCCUCUGCGCGAUGCCGCAUCUACUCCUCCGCGGCCCCGACCGCGCCGUUUGAGACACCAGAGCCAGCCACGGGCAUAGGCCCGGAUGCGUCCCCGGCAGCCCGGAUUGCUAUACUGAUGACGGCAGAGCGCCUUCGACACACACUCGAGGCUGUCGCGCAGGAAUAUACAGCCGCAUACUGCCUGCCACGGCAAAUCACCCCGGAGCCAUUCCCACCGUCGCCGCCCGCCGCCGACUGUGCCCCCUACAUCCCGCCCGACGCAACCCCUCUCCACGGCUCCAUCCUCGAAAGGAGGCAUUCCUUCAUGAAGCGCGCGCCUACAUUUCAUCUCAUCGUCGUGGACCCGCCCUGGCCGAACCGCUCCGUGCGCCGCACGACCGCGACGUACAAGACGGCCGCGUCGCUCUCGGGAACACAGAACCUGCUCCGCGCCAUCCCCGUCCGCGCACACCUCGCCGACGACGGCCUCGUCGCCGUCUGGAUCACCAACAAACCGCGCAUCGUAGACUUGCUCGCCGCCCCGGGCGGCGUCCUGCACGCAUGGGGCGUAGAAGUCGUAGCCGAGUGGACGUGGCUCAAGGUCACCGCCGCCGGGCAGCCCCUGUACCCCCUCGACUCGGCCUGGCGCCGGCCCUGGGAGAAGCUCCUCGUAGCGAAACGCGUAGGCCGUCCCGCCCCGGACGGGCUGGCCCCCAAAACCAUCAUCGCCGUGCCUGACGUGCACUCGCGCAAGCCCAACCUCCGCGGCCUGUUUGGGGACGUUUUCGGUUCUGGCUACACCGGCCUAGAGGUCUUUGCACGGGGCCUGACAUCCGGAUGGUGGAGCUGGGGCGACGAGGUGCUCAAGUUUCAGCAACCACAGCAUUGGCACACAAAACAGACACAGGAGUCUAGUACGACAUAG